GGGACUGCAGAUUGCUGAGGAGAAGUAGUAGACGACAGGAGUCACUUACUUCUGGUCACUAAACAAUCUCCUGGCUAAGAGCUCGCCCUCAGCCAUGAAGGAGGACAAAGAGAAUGCCAAACCCAAAGACAGGAGAGGGGAGUUGGGCCCUGUGGACGAGGGGGACAGGAUGGAGAAGGUGAAAGAGAAGAAGGAAGUCAUGAGCAAGGUGAGGGCAGUCAGAGGGCCUGGGGCCUGCUGGGUGCACACACUGGCCAGGACUCCCUGAGCCCAGGGCUGGCACACAGUCACCUGGCUCCUAGCUGAGCUGUCAGGCCAUGCAUGGACACACCAUAGCCUACUUACACAACUGCUUGAUCUGUUUACAUGGGAUAUUGUAAGAAUAAUUUGCUAUAAACCACUUAUCCAGCAAAAGCACCAGAUCUGUAGCAAUAUAAUCAGGGAUAGACUGUUUUUAUAACAUAAUAAUAAUAAUAAUAAUAAUAUAUAUAAAUAUAACACAAUAUUAUUUGUUUGUUAAGUCUAUAGUUGAGAGAGAAUAGGAUAUUAUAGGCCAAAAGUGAAAGUAAACAUUAGCUAAGAUAGAUCCUUUUUUAAAACUUAUUGCUGUUACGCUCUUUUAACAUACAGAUAUGUUAGGUACUUUUGGAAUUUUAGAACACUGCGUUUACAUUUUAUCUAUUUUUUUUUUAUUAUUAUUUUUUUAUUACACUAAGUAUAAAUAAUGCUACAAAACGUGAAAUUGAAGUAAUAAUGUGCACAAGUGGAGAAUAACAACAAUAUUUUAUUUUAGACCAUGCAUACAUUCAUCUUUUUAUUGCAAAAAAAAAAAACUGCAGAAUGGUGUUUUUUUUAUAGAAAAGCAUGUACGCAUUACUGUUUCCAUUUAGGAGUCUUUUAUGUUACAGGUGGUUCUUCGUCGAUUGCCUCCAAGUCUAACCAAAGAGCAGUUGGAAGAGCAUCUCCAGCCAUUACCAGACCACGACUACUUUGAAUUUUUUGCCAAUGAUUCAAGGUAACAACUUGAUUUCGGAAUUACAUUAACUUGCAAUAAACAUCACAGUUGUAUAUUGUAUAUUGUUUGUGCCUAUGUAGCAAAACACAUUUUCACACUUCUAAACAUGUAUAGGGAAUUUCUCAGAAUGCAACUUACCUGUAUAAACACUGCCAAGUGGCUGAAAUAUUUCAGCCAAUCUGUGUUCUCCUCCACAUGUUGGAGCAGCAACUGCAGCAACUGAAAAGUCUCAUAUUGUGUGUUUAAAUUAUAUUAUGAGCAGCACUGCCGCAAAUGUUUAUAUUUUCUUAAUUGAUUUAAACUGUGCUGCAAUACAUGUGCAUACCAAAACAUUUCCACUCCAUUCAGCAGUCUGUUUCCUGUUAUUUAUUUCAUUUAAAAGAUACAGAGAAAGAUAUUUACAGGGCUUGUACGUCAUGUGCUAGCAAAAAAAAUGUGACAACAUUUUCAGAUUAGAUUUUUCUUGCGUUUAAUGAUAUCUGCAUGUGUGUUAUAUAUUGUUAUAUUUUUCUUUUGCUGUCUAUAAAAUAUGAGUUGUGGAGAAACUAGAGUACAUUAUUAGCCUUUUCCAAAAGGAUGAUGCUAUAGGUUGUAUGUGAUGUCUAUAUGUUCUAUUCAUUAACAUGAAAUCCACUGUGCUUCUUCAACAGCUUAUUUCCUCAUAUGUUCUCAAGGGCAUAUAUCAACUUUAAAAGUCAAGAUGACAUAAUGCUAUUUAGAGACCGUUUUGAUGGAUAUGUUUUUAUCGAUCACAGAGGUAUGAUUGAAUAUUUAUAUCGUAACAGUUAUCUGCUCAAACCUGCUGUCCAUAUAUAAUUUGUGUACUUUUUAUUAUAUUCAUAUUUUAUUUUGGGUAUAUUUAAAUUAGAACAGCUGACUGUAGUAUCUAUGUACGGCAUUCAUUAGCUUAGUAAGUUGACUAACUUGCUUAUCCAGGGAAUGCCAUCAAAAAAUAGACAGCCGUGAGAUUGCUUCCAUGAUAGUAAUAUGCUGGUGAGGAUCCAGGACUGCAGAUAAAUCCAGAGGCAUGCUGGUACCAUAUCAACUAGCAACUACUGUUUGUAGUGGUUAUAGUGCCCCUUCAAUGCUAUGCAGGAAUUGUAGUAGAAGGUUCAGAUUUUUUGUCUGAGAGUGCAGCCUUCUUGGAUGUGACAUAUAUAUUUAGUGUUAGCAUUAUCAAAUUAUUCUGGUAGCAUGUUUUUAUAUUUUUAUUUGUAUUCUUUUUUUUUUUCCCUGUGCCAGGGCAGGAAUAUCCAGCUGUUGUGGAAUUUGCCCCCUUUCAAAAAGUGGCAAAAAAGAAAAGCAAGAAGAAGGAUUCUAAGGCUGGAACAAUUGAUGAUGGUAAAAUAACAAAAAAAACCUCCAAAUAUAUUGACCAUACUAAAUAAAUGAUUUGGACUUUUAUUUCCCUGUCCUCUGACUUCUGUGUCUGUUUUAAUUUCUGUCUCUGUGUUUCUCACAUUUGGGUUAUCCCUGCAUCUUUAUUCCCAUUGGAACUGGUGUCUGAGAUUUUGUGAUGUCUCCUUGUUUAACAGCCAUUUGUCAAGACAGUUAUUCUCUGAAAACGCUGCUUUCAACUUUUUUUUUUUUUUAAAUGUAAAAACUGUAUCCUUUUAAUUUUAUGUCACAAGAUCCUGAAUACAGAAAAUUCCUGGACUCUUACAGUAUGGAUGAUGAGAAACUGACAUCAACACCAGAGACUUUGCUGGAAGAAAUCGAAGCAAAGAACAAGGAAAUGAUAGGUAAAAGUUAAAUUGGAACAUAAUUAUCUUUAAAGGGACACUAUAGUCACCAGAACAACUACAGUUUAAUGUAGUUGUUCUGGUGAGUAUAAUAGUUCCCUUCAGGCUUUUU